ACAACACGUGAUACUACAAGCUGCAGCAAGCUGCAAGAGCGAUCGAGAGCGAGAGAGCUUCCGAAACAGAAAGCCUGCGUCCUUCACUAGGCAUCAGGACCUCUCCCUGAGCUCGCUACAGAAGAUGGGAGUACAGCUGUUCAUUCUAGUAGCGUUACUAGCUUCCCUGCAGCUCGGACGGACCGAGGAUUUCCAUCCCGACAGAACGCUCCUAAUGGACGUCUACCCAAGAGACCGUCCUACGAACUUUCUGUUCCGGGGGAAUAUGCCCGUCAUCAACGGUAGCUUUGCGUACAGUGAGAUCGUCAUGACAAUGAGGGGCGUGGCUGGGAAGUUCAACUACACACUCCCUGCAAAUUUCACUCUAAUUGAUGUCAGCUACCUGAAUAUAUUCGAGGAAAGCGACCUUGAAAUCGAGCGCAAGUUUUUCGAGUCCAACCCAGAACUGGGGAAGUUGGAAAACAGAGUUAUUAUAGGGAGUUUUUUGCCUCCUCCCCAGGAAGACCCUGACUUAAUAAAGGACAUAAUAAGAGAAUACAUUGACAUCUCUUACGACAAGCUACCGGAACUAAUGACAUAUUUCCACAGUCUCCUUAUGCUGCCAUCACCAACUGUUAUCUACAGUCACUGCGAGGCAGGAACGGACAGAACGGGAGAAGUGAGUGGAGCGUACUACAUGCGGUACCUCAACAUGACCUUCAGCGACGCUCUCUACAUUGACAACCACGUCCAGUCUAGAGAUAUGUACAAGACGUCGCGGAACGGGAUGCAAUGGUACUGCUUCUACUUGAAGUUUGUUGAAGACUUCUCGCAUCUCGACUGUGUGGUGUAGCUUUCUCUUUCACUUUCUGGUUUGUGUAUCUCUCUUUUUAUUAUUAUUUUUAGUUGGCACAAUUGUGUGUGUUUGUGUGUUUUUAACAGGUAAAUAAAGUACAAUUUACUAAUAAAUGUUUGUAGAUUAUGGAAACCAUCUACAAUAGUUUGUCAUUUACUGAACGACCUACUAUUGCAUGCAGAUCAUAAUAUUAUGUAGGACAUAGUUUUUGUGUGUAUCUACCAGUGUUUUUUUAUGACGCAUGAUAAGUAAAUCUAUCAGUACUGUGAAAGUAAGGAUACAACAGUAGGUGACUAAACUGGGUC